AUGACAAGUGCAUUAGCCAAGCAAUUACAGCAACUUCGUGAAGCUGGUGCUGGUAGUAAACGUCGUACGAGUACAUUUCUAUAUGAUGAACGUGAAGCAGCUGAAUUCGAUGAUGAAACGAUCUAUAAUUUAGCAUGGAAUGGUCUUUUAGAGUUGAAACAACGGGAUGCACGAUUUGAGGCAUUGGAAAUGGAUGAAGCAAUUGGAAAACUCUUUACUCGUGAACGGCUUCAUUUCUAUCGUACACAGACUCGAAAACAAGAUGAAAAAGAGCUGGAUCAGGCAUUAGAAACCAUUCUGGAUGCACUAAGUGCUUCUUUCUUACUUCAUCCAGCACAUAAAGUAUUGGAAUUUCUCGUUCGUCGUUAUGAGAUUCAUCAUUAUAAUGUCGAUAGUAUCAUGGCAAUGAUCAUACCUUAUCAUGAAUCCAAGUGGUUUAUACGUAUGGUACGAAUUCUUCAUAUUCAUGAUACAAGAUGGGAAUUUCUACGACAAGUGAAAACACAGGGAACAAAACUAGUGCGUGCAGCACUUGUACAACGUGCGAUGGAUGAAUCAUCAAUUAUCGAGUUUUUAUAUAAAGCAGCUACAAGAAUUGGACCUAGUAAUCCAAAACUUACGUCACUUUAUACACUCAUAGUACUUCAGGUGCUUGAAAAUGCUAAAGUGACUGAGCAGAUGCUGCGAUGGCUGGUCCCUCAAUUACUAACGGCACUAAAAUGUAGGACUUUUCCAGAAUUGCAGUCUUCAGCGUACAUGAUUGUGACUAAGUUGGCGUCCAAAGCAACAUUGUCGGCAAAUGUAGUGGACGCACUGGUUAAAGUGUUGCUAAAGUUUGCACAAUCAGGUGCACAGAUGAACGCAUUGUUGUGUGUGAUUUUUCUAGCGCAUACGCAACCGUCCUUUCGGUUAUCGGCUACGACGGGAAAACAUCUCGUACUGAUGGAGAACCUGGGCGAUUUUCUGCGAGAUGCUACUUCGAACUAUGAAUCGGCCAGGUUUGUGCAGCUAUUGACAGUCUUUUUGACACAAAACAUGGAGUCCAUGGACGACGAUUGUUUUCGUUUGUUUACGGUGUUGGUUGAGAGCGUUUCGGUGGUUGACGGAUUUACAGACAAACUGGUUGAGAUGAUGGUAAAACAGGCAGGAGAACUGGCGUUUGCAAUGGACAACACGCGCGUGCAGGCCAUUUCGAAGGGGUUGGUUGUGCUGGGUAAGAAGAAUGCGACGCAGGUGGACGUCGUGAUUAGCAGCCUGCUGUCGAAGCAAACAAAGAAGUCGGAGGAAGACAACAAGCUGAACAAAUUUCUAACGGCGACAUUUAAGAACGUAACGAACUCGGCGCAUUUUGUGCCAUCUAACACCAACGCGAACACAUCACUGGCGCUUGCCUUGGAUCACCCAACUGAACACAUUCGAUACGAAGCUUUAGUGUUGUUAGCAAAGAUGAACGAUGUGAACGCAGAAGCGACGACGACGAACAAGGUUCAAGUACUUACAAGUGGCGAUGUUCUUCUGCGUCGGAUGCUAGACGAUAGUAAACGUAUUGCAACCUUUAUGAUUUCAUCGUCUCUUGGUGAUCUGAUGCUAAGUUUGAGCUCUAAGAAACAAAUGCUGAAAGUGCUUGUCCAGACAAUCCGCAAGUGGUUUUACCGUGGUGAGGCUUCUAUCGUUGAGGCUGUUGCUGAUUUUAUGCUGAAAAGCUUUCGCAAGACGGCUGCAUCAUUGGACACUGACGAGAAAUUGCUGACUUUGUUUGUUUCGCUGGUGAAUACGAAAGAGGUUGUUACUGUGGAUACGGUGUGGGCCUGGAUUGCUGUCCUUGAUCACCCUUUUGGUGUGAGCGCUUCUAAAUCAUCGACGAAAAGUGGGAAGGGUGUCACAGAUAUGGCCGAAGAUUUUGGCCAUGCGCUUUCUGCUAACGUUUCAGAAUUGCUACCGUACUGCCUAUGCUGGUCUCGGACGUCGGAAUUUAACGAAAAUCCUCUCACGGGUUUUUUGAUUGAUGUUUUGUCUGUAGCCAGUGCUCAACUAGCGGCGACGAAGUCGAAAAAGACUCAGGCGCAUCUGGUUUUGCUGGAACAAUCAUACCGAUUGAUCCUUAAGAAAGAAUUUGUUAUGCUGUGUGAAGAUGGCGUGUUGGACGAAGAUCUUACGCGCAUCAUACGCGUUGCGUCAAAGCUGGCUGAGGUUGCGUACGCCGUAUUUGCUGUCUCUUGUGACGAUUUUGAUGAUUGCGUCACUACUUUGCUGCAGUCUCCAACCCCCAUAUUUAUACGUAGUCAACAGUGCCUGCUGGAGUUGUUUCACGGCGACCUUUCGAAUCAGCUGUUGCCGACGAUGGCUCGUAUUGUGACAAAGCCUGCUUCGACGAAUGAUUUGUUGGAAGUCCUCGCUAAGACGCGCGCUUUGGAUAUUAUUUCUGCAGUGCUCGAAGGUUUUUCGUACGCUGAGUCAGAAGUAGAGCUUCGGCAGCUAGUCCAUGCCGUUCCUGUUGUCAUGGUUGCGCUCUCGGAUCUCAGCAAAGCAGUGCGUCAAUCUGCACUUACGUGCCUUGACCGCUGGGUUGUAUCAUGUGGUGCUACUGUGCGGUCGUCAAAGUUGGCGGAUCUGAAAGUGCUUCAGACGGCAUCGGCUUUCUUGCUUCAUGCAAAGCAGGACAUACUGAUGGAUGCCAAUUCGGUGGUAGCACUUUCUGGCUUGUUUUGUGCGCAAAAAGAAAGCUUAUUGUUCCACCAAGUGCUGAUGAACUUUGUGUCUUCUGCCAGCAUCAGCGAAAUGUGCAUUGCAGCGAAACUUUUCGAUCUGUUGGCCCCUGUGAAAGAUACGUCAUUCUGGCUCCAAUCUGUUGAUUUUUUCCAGCAGACUCUAGCGGGGUGUUUAACAACGGGUGCUGACAAAUUUACCCUGAAGUUACUGAUAGGUUUCCUUACGCACUACUUGGACCCAAACGUUGCUGUUACAACGAGACAAGGAAAGAGCGCGGUAUCUAAGGAAUUUGCGGUAGCCAUGAUAUCUGUGCUGCGUACUGAGAAGGACCAUCACUCGCGUUUACAGAAGUUGCAGGUCUUUUUGGCGUCCAACCUUUCGGCAGAUGUUUACAAGGCUCUUGAUGAUGUGUCUCGCUAUGUGCUCGUCGAUAAGCUGCUUCGAUUGUUGAUGGUUGCAGAAGAAAGUGUUGCUUCAAAGCUUAUUCAGUGCCUGAACACUUUACCAAUCAGCUACGGUAUUUUUGUACAAUUGCUCGAGAAACAAUUUGCUUGUGAAGUAGAGUUUUCUGAACUGAGCUGCAUUCUUGAGGUUCUUGUAAUCAAGGUUGACAGCGUUUCGAGCGACGAGGAAGCAGCUGUUGAUGUUAACAAGCUUCUCACGGCAUUGUGCAACGUACUUGCUCUGUUUUGUGAUCCAAAGCACGAAAGCUCUGUAUCGGAGUACAUCUUGCAGGUUCUGUUUAGCUGUUUGCGUCGUAUUUGCGAGGUUACGUCUUCGUCUUUCGAGCAAAUAAAUGGACGUUUAGCAAAGAGUACAAAGCACGUAACGACAACAGUGAAGCCGCAACUCCUCGUUAAGCAUACGCUUACGUGCUUGGGUCGUACAUCAUCCCCUCAGACGCGCAACGAGUGUCUGCUCUUCAUUAGCUCGUUGGUAAACUUGCACCCGUCAAGUGUGCUUGCCUCGUUGGACAAGAUUCUGAGCUUCGUCAGUUCAGGAUCAAUUCGGCACGAAGAUGAAUAUUCUUUUCACGUGCUUGAGACAAUCAUCAGGGCCGUGGUUCCGCACAUUGUGGCAAACCAAGAAGCAGGGACAUUGAUGACACCGCAGCGGUUUCUUGGUCUCUUUGUGGAUGCAUUUGACCAGAUUCCCAGGAGCAAGCGCGAAGUUCUGUUUAAGAUGGUGGUUGGAGUUCUGGGAUGUGAACUGUUGCCUUAUUGUGUUGUUGCACUGUUGCAGCACGCUGCUGUUGUGGAAGAUAUGGACAGCCAGCGCGAGCGCAUUCAGUUUGCGCACAGCAUGUGCUUUAAUUUUGAGUGCUCGGACCAGGUAUCGUCUCUGGUAAUGGUUCUCCGCAUAACGCGCGAUUUGUUGCCGCACGUGGUAAAAGAGGCUGAAACGGAUACGGACGAAAUCGAAGAGGACGACGAUAAAGACGAUGUACAGUAUGAACGCUUUGUCUUUGGUGAACGAUUGGUGAAGUCGAGUGCGCUCUCUCGUCGAUUGAAUUCGAUCCUCCUUAAAUUUAUUGCAACGCACCUGCGCGCCCGCGAAUUACACCACAAGAUUUUGAGCUACCAAAGUAAUCGUGAUCGGACAAACGACGAGGAUAGUAGGGGCGAUGUGUUGCAGCACAAUUACUUGGUGCUGGCGCAACUUGAUUUGUUGUACUUCCGCCGGGUUGCUCGGGAGCAGUCGUUGCAUGAUGAUGAGAGUGGUUUUUGGACGGCCCUGGCUACAGAUUCAAUGGAUAUUCUUGGCGCACUUCAGCAGCUUCUAUCAUCGCCUGGUUUCAUUGCAGUCAUUAGUGAACUAUUGCACCAUGACAACAGCUUGGUGCGCAAAAAGGCGAUGCAACUUUUUAAUGAACGUCUACAAGAGGAGCGCGAUUCGCUCUCCCCAGGCGAAGCUUUGUUGUUUAUCGACAUGCUGGACGAGCUGGACGCUAUUCUUCAGAAUCCUGAAGGUUCUGAGAACAGUGUAAACAUUCAGACUGCGCUACUAAGCGUUGACAUUUUGGCGCGCAACUUCGCUGCAAAUCACACCAAGCGCUUUCAGCAAAUUCUGCCUACGAUCGUGAAGUAUGUGGACCGGGAUGUUAUUAACUUCUUCCAUGACGCUGCACUUGUUUGGUUUGGCACCAAGGCGGUGUUGCAGUGCUUGCUAGCAGCGUUGGAGGUGUUUACGGACAAGAUUCCUCAGUUCUUGGGGCCGUACUUGCCUCGCGUCAUUCGUUCCCUCUUGACGCCAGCCCUCCUCUCAUCUGCUCCAACGAAUGUAGAAGUUUUAAUGUCUGUCGAUUGCUGCUUUUUGAACCUAAGCAAUCAUGUCGAGUUGCGGCAGCUUCUCCCAACUCUUUUUGAUGCGUACGAGCACGUGCUGGCGCUGAAGAGUGACAUGAGUGUGACUCGGUUAUUCUCAGUUGUUGGAACUGUUGUGAACGAGUUAGACUCGUCGGCCAUACGGAAACAUCUUCCUACGUUUGCACGCUUUUUCGUUACUGCUUUGGAUGCACGUCGUGUUCACGCAUCAAAGCUAGAAGACCUGGAUAAUGUUGAAGACGACGUGUUGGAGUGCCUUGUGCAAUUUAUCCUAAAGCUUAGCGAGAAGCAGCUAAAGCCGUUGUUUCUAAAGCUGGUCGAGUGGACGCAGACGCGUGUUGGAUCAUCUGGCAAAAUUGGUGAUAUCUCGCGCCGGAUUUCGUUUUUCAAACUAGUUGUUAAGUUAUCGAAGCGUCUCCGUGGCAUCUUUGUCCCGUAUUACGCACAUGUGCUGGAAUUUCUGGCAUUGUCUCUUGCUGAGAGUCGAAAGGUUCUGAUGCAGAAGCCACGACGAUCACCAGAAGAUAGCGAAAGCGACGAUGACUUUUUCGCUAGUGCGGACGAGCCACCGGUGAAAAAGGCCAAGGGUGCUACAUUGUCUACAUUGGCAGAUACAAAGGCGAAACACGAGCGUAACACUCUACUACUGACAACGGUGGUACGAGCCUUGGAUGGCUGCUUCGUACAUGACAAUGAUGGAUUUAUCGAGAAGGAUCAGUUUAAUAUUGUGAUGACUCCAUUAGUUGAUGUGCUGGAUGUGCUGCAAUACGAAAAUGCAUUGAUGCGCGACUUUAUACUGGAAACCGUAGCACCGUGCCUUGCCAACUUGGCGUGGGCAGCUAAGAGUGAUUUGCUCUGGAAACCGCUUCACUAUGCUGUGCUAAUGAAAUCUCGUGGUGAAUCUGCUGCUGUGCGUCUCGGAGCGCUUGUGACCAUUGAAAAAUGUUAUCAAGUGAUUGGUGAGGAAUUUCUGGUGAUGUUACCUGAAAGCAUUCCAUUUUUGGCCGAGCUUAUGGAGGACACAAAUACUGAAGUUGAAAAGACGUGUCAUCGGGUUAUUAAACAGAUUGAGGAGAUUUCGGGUGAAUCUUUGGACCAGUAUCUAACGACAUAA